AUGACCAGUGCUCCAUGCGCACACGAAUCCACCAUUUUGUACCGAUUCCCAUCGUCAUCUGGGAGCCCAUCCCCUCCCCCCAUCCUACCAUCGUCGCCCGAUCUGGCGCAUCAAAACGAACCCGGACCCUCCAACCCCUACCUCGCCCUCCCGCCGCCUGAAGACGAGAUCCCCGACCUUGGCGAGUUACCCUCUGAACAACCACCCUCGCCCCCACCUACCGCACCCGCUCCUACCAUGUCAGGACAUCACCGCAUCACCCUCGCUGCCAACCCCCCCUACUUCGAUGGCGACAAGUCCAAAUACCUGGGCUUUGUGGACGCGUGCACCACUUACAUCGGUGCCUAUCGAUCAGAGUUCUCGCUGGAUGAGACAAAGAUUCUCUUUGUUCUGUCCUACCUCCGUAAUGAGACCGGCACAAGCUGCGCCGCCUCGAGAUGGGCGAUGAACUGGAAGCAGCACAAUUUCGAGGGUUUCCAAGGAAUGAAGGCGGGAGUCACCGCGACAACCUUCUUGGAGGAGUUCCAAAAAGCCUUUGGGGAUUCUAACGCAGAACAAGUCGCCGCUGCCUGA